UUCUCCAUUCCUUCUCUCUCCCCAAGUUCCUGCAAAUCCAUGGCAGAGAAGAGCGAUUCUGGCAGUAGGCACCAUGCCUACAGCCGGAAGCAGAAAUCUUUGGGUCUUCUCUGCUCUAAUUUUGUAUCUCUUUACAACAAAGACGAUGUGGAAACUGUGUGCUUGGAUGAUGCCGCCAUGAAGCUGGGGGUUGAAAGGAGGAGGAUUUACGAUAUUGUGAAUGUGAUGGAGAGCAUUGGGGUUUUGACGAGGAAGGCUAAGAAUAGAUAUUUGUGGAUAGGGUUGAAAGGGAUACCUAUUACCCUUGAACAACUCAAGGAAGGGACUGCUAAAGAGCAUAAUGCAUCUUCUUUGGAAUUCUCUUCAGCAAAAGUUUCAGACGAUGAAGAAGAUGACAAAUCUUUUGAUCACAAUGAUGAUUACGGGGAAGGAAGGUUCUGUACAAAUGAUACUGCUGCGAAGUCUAAAUGUGUUGCAGAAAGAAAGGAGAAAUCCCUUGGGCAGCUCACACAAAAUUUUGUGAAACUCCUACUCAGCAGUAAUGCGGAAAUGGUAUCGCUUGAUGAAGCUGCAAAGCUGCUGCUUGGUGAUGGCCAGAACCCGUCUUAUAUGAGAAAUGCUAAUGCAGCAAAGGUUCGGCGGCUUUAUGACAUUGCAAAUGUGCUAUCGUCCUUAAAUCUCAUUGAAAAGACACAUCAGUCAGACACUAGGAAGCCAGCGUUUCGAUGGUUGGGAACCAAAGGGAAGUGCGUGGAUGGUGUUACAGUUGCCAUUCCUCCUUUCGCACAGAAGUCUGGCAAAAGAAUGUUUGGGACAGAGCUAACGAAUGUGGAUUUCAAGAGGACGAAAUUGCUAUCAUCAGUUGAAAACAAGCCCAUCAAAACUCAAGUUCUAAGCCAUGAUCUGAAGGAAUGCAACAAAGCAGUAGAGAGGCAAUUACAGGGCUCCAAGUCUUUUGUGUUUGGUCCAUUUAAUCCUCCCAAAACAGCCAAGGAAGAAAUUACUGAUAAAAAAGAAGAUAAUAUUUCAGACUUCGAGAGCUUUGCCUCUUCUUUUCGGCCGUCCUAUCAUAGCCAAGCUUUGCAUGAACUCUUCUCACACUAUAUGGAGGCAUAUAAUUCAUGGUUUGCAGAAAUCACCGGGGGAAAUAAUACGCAGCAACCCUUGAAGAAAUCUGUUCAUAUUGGGCAUUCAUAGAGGUAAUUCUGCCAUAUGUAUCUUUUCAAGCCCUUUUAAGCCGAUCUUCCUGACGAGGAAUUGAUCGCUUGAACUUUGUGUUGUGAAAUUUUAGCUUUUGGGGUCUAUGAAUUCUGUAUUUUCUCAAUACAGCAUAGUCCUUUAUGAUGUGUUUUUUCUACUUGUGAUUGCUAGUAAGCAAUGGACAUGCGUGUAAAAUUACUCUAUGGGAAGAACAGUCUUUUAUUCCCUAAGUAUGGCUUGGAAGUUUUCUAUUUCAAUCUUCUA